ACAAUAUAAAAUGCUCUUCCACCGCGCCAUUUCCCUUGCGCCAAAUUAAUCAAACACGAAAAACAGAAGCGAUUUGCUUUUUGGUCUGGUGCAGCGAAGUUCACCAAAUUCAAGUUCUUAAUCUCAUCCAGUCAUGGAUUUUCGUCAUUCCCACCUUUUAGUGUAUGGUUACACAUCAUUGUCUUUGUUCCGGUGAAUUGGAAGCAAGACAAUGGCGGAUUCGCAAUCAGAAUCGAGUAUCUUCAGUGUUCGGAUCGUCUCCAUCGAUUACUACCUCGCGCCUCCAAUUCCAGGCCUCGGAAUAUCUUACAGUAGCUUUCAAGGCGGGAAGGUGAACGAGGUUCCUGUAUUGAGAAUAUAUGGUCCGACUCCGGCUGGUCAGAAGACUUGCAUCCACAUUCAUGGGGUUUUACCCUAUCUAUAUGUGCCGUGCUCAGAGAUUUCAUUGCAAUUGCAAUGCAAAGGAGAAGCUUUUGCAAAUGAUGUAUCUCUUGCACUUGAGAAAGCCUUGAAGCUGAAAGGCAAUUGUGGUUCAAAGAGACAGCACGUACAUGGUUAUAAUCUUGUUCGAGCAAGGAAGCUUUAUGGUUACCAUUCAUCAGAAGAGCUUUUUAUAAAGAUAUAUUUAUAUUAUCCACAAGAUAUCACCCGCGCUGCAAAUCUUCUUCUGAAUGGUGCAAUUUUCGAGAAGAGUUUACAGCCUUAUGAAUCCCAUAUACCAUUUGUCCUGCAGUUCCUCGUUGACUAUAAUUUGUAUGGUAUGGGUCUUCUGCAUCUAUGGAAAUUGAAGUUCCGCCAUCCAGUACCAGAUGCUCCAGGGAAGAAACUAGAUCACAUUUUCCAGUACUUAAGUGAGAAUCAUGCAAUGGAUAAUCCAACUUGCAUGCCUUCUCAUCCUCAGGCAGAUCCAUGUACUAAUGACACAGCAUCAACUUCGCCAGUAUGGAUAUCUUCUAAAAUUCCAACCGAUUGGAUGUGGAAAUUUCCUACUACAUUGGAUGACUCAAAUGAUGAUGGAAUCAAUUUCUGUAAACGUCAAAGUGUUUGUGAACUCGAGGCAGAUGCUGCUGUAGAAGAUAUCCUUAAUCAACGUUCUAAAAUUUAUACAUCCUUUUCCCAAUCCCAUUCGGAUGUGAAAAUGGUUCAAUCACUUGUAUCAAUUUGGGAGGAGGAGUAUAGGAGAACUGGGCUGCAUGAGGUGCCAGUGCCACCCUAUCCUGGAAAACCAUCACCAAAAGAAGUUCUGGAGACUUUCUCACUUGGUAUGGACUAUGAGAAAAAACUGACUGAAUUAUACGAGAGACCAAAAAGUCCAUCGUUGUUGACUCCACUUGAAAAGGAUGAAAGGUUGGUGCAGUCAUUGACAUCUUCAGCUAAUGAAGCAAAUAUAAUUGGACUAGGAUGUUCUGAUCUUGAUGGUGAACCUUUGAAACAUUUUAACGAGAUAGGCAGAACUGAUUCUGACUCGUUUGGUCCUUCUUCAUAUGAAGAUCAUGGCAAAAUGCUGAUUGAAGGAGAGGAUGUGGUUCCGAGAUUGUCUAUUGAUGAAGUUCAAGUUACUCCCAAGGCUGUGGAUGAGGAGGCACUAGGUCUCCUGAGGUGGCUAGCUACUUCUCAGGCUGCACAAGAUAUUAAUUCCGAUGAUGAACUUCUUUGUGAGACAAUUUUGGGCCCCUUUUUGCCUGCAGCAAACAUGGAUCAAGUGCUGGAGAGAGCUAGCCAGGAUUAUGGUUCUGAGUCUCAAAAGGAGUGUCAAGACAUUCUUGAUUCAGUUGAAGACCUUGAUGAAUUUGAGGGUUUUAACAAGAGAAAAUGUUGUCCUGAUGAUAAUUAUCUUUGCAGGCCUUUUUCUGGAGAAACUAUUCCCCAACUUGAUGGUGCUGCAGAUGAUAUGUUCUCUCCCUGUGGUGGGUCGACUGAAAACUCACCCACUGGAGAUUCAAAUUUUGAGAAUGAAAGGUCUUCCAAACGUGCGAUAUUGCAGGACAUUGAUUCAGGUUCUUGCAGUUACAAAAAAGGAAAAAAAGAAAAAUCAUUGCGGGGCUCUUUACCUUUUCACAAGGCUCAGAGAGUGAAUACAGAUUCAACAUGCGUCAAUUCUUGCAAGCCUGAUAUAUCUGCAAAUUCAACCAAAGAUUCUGGAUCUGCCUGUUGCUUUUCUGGAGAAGAGGGAAUACAGAUGGAUGUUGUAUUACGAAAUUCAGGUACACGUACAGAUAACUCCAGGGAAGGAAGUGUACUUGCACAAAGUUCUUUACGUGACUUGAUGAGGAGGAAGCGUCACUAUCGAAGUGAAUAUGGUGAACUUAAAAAUUGUACCGUUGAUAGCAAGCUAACAAAAGUGUGGUCAAGAGACUCAGAUUUUCAAGCGUUGCAAUCCAUCGAGCCUAAAUUGAGUUUUCAGGAUUCUUCCCUUUUAAUGCCAUGUUUAACUAAUCAAAUCGCAAGUUCUGUAAAAUUUUAUGAGAAAAAGUCUUCUUGUUCUGAUAGUUCCAUGUAUGGUAAACUGCCGCUUGCAGAUGGCUUUGAUGGCUUAGUGCAAGCUAGCUCACCAAAUAUAGGAGAAAUCCCAGGAUCUGAAACGGUUACAAGUCCUUCUCAAGUGUGCUGUGAUCCAUGGCUUUCUGAGCCAGAGACCCUAGGUCCUGGUUCUCUUGGUUGUUGUGGAGCCUUAGCUAGCAAGAAAGCUAAUUCUGAUUUGAGUGACGCUGUUGCCCAUGACGGCAUACCAUCCAUGCAACAUGCAGAUGAGGAUUUAAUGGCUCCAGAGACAAAGAGAAGAUUGAUUUUGGUUAACCAGAAUAGUAAUGACAGAAAACAAAAAGAGGAUUCUGUUUUGUCUGGGCUUGGCAGCUCUGUAUCUAUGGUUGCUGAUUUUGAUGCUGAGCAAAUCUUAUCAAUUGGUAUGACUACUCUCAAAAAGCCACCUAAUGUGGAUUUGAUGCAUAAGGGACCUAUCAACGCUUCAACUUCGUCUAUCAUGUCAAGGACAUUUGCUCUUUUGGAUGAUAAAAAUGUUGAUGGGAGAACAGGAAGAGCUUUGGAUGAUCUUUUACCAAUUUUUCAACACAAAGACAAAAAGGAUAUUUUUGAAGACAAUGGUUUUCGUUCUCCUAAAGAAGCUGUCGUGGGUGUUCCCAUUCACUAUCGAAAUGAUGGCUCCUACAUGUAUAUUUUAACACCUGCAUACUCACCUCCUUCUGCAGACAGUGUUUGUCAGUGGCUAUUAAGUGAACAGAGAGCUCUCAGGAUCAGCUCAGGAAAACCUUUAGUUGAUGAUUCGGACAAGUCUCUGCCUCAACCUGCUUCUUCAUCUCAUACUAGUCAUAUGCUUGAUUUAGUUAAUCAUGGAGGUCUUACUAACUCAUCUGCAGAUGAAACUUCUUUUCCUGAAAAUUUAAAACCAGCUAAAAGCAAAGGAGUUACAUCAAAAUCAAAAGCUUGUUUGAGUUUGUCACUAGAUGUAUCUCAAAUUUCUGGCCCAGAUGGGACAUCAAAAGCUACUCCUCUUAGCCAAAUUGGAUUUUGUGAUCCUGCAAGUGUUGGUGGCAUGCAGCAAUUGACAUUGUUAAGCGUCGAGGUUCAAGCAGAAUGUAGGGGAGAUCUCAGGCCUGAUCCUCGACUUGAUGCCAUCAAGAUGAUAGCUCUUGCUGUUCAGACUGAUAAUGGCCCUGCUGUUGAAGUUGUUUUAAUUUUAUGUACUAACACUGAUUCAUCUAAGAGGAAUCGUGAUGGGAUAGGCUACAAAGUUUUGGUUCAUUAUGAAGAGAUGUCCUUAUUUCAAAGUUUUAUGAAAAUUAUAUAUUUAAUUGACCCGGAUGUUUUGAUUGGCUGGGAUAUUCAAGGUAGUUCUCUUGGAUAUUUGGCAGAGAGAGCCUCUCAGCUUGGCAUAAGUUUACUAAAUAAGAUAUCUAGGAUACCAUAUGAAGCCAAGAUGAUGGAUGAAGAUUCAAAUGCUCACCCAGAAAUUCCAGAAAACCUGGUCUCUGAGUUGGUAAAUUCUGAUUCUGCUGCAGUAGAAGAUAUGAUAAUUGAAGAUGAAUGGGGUCGAACUCAUGCCAGUGGAGUCCAUAUCGGCGGUAGGAUUGUUCUAAAUGUAUGGAGGCUUAUGCGCAGUGAAGUUAAGCUUAAUAUCUACACGCUUGAAGCUGUUGCUGAAGCUGUUUUGAGACGAAAAGUACCUUACAUCCAUCAUAGAGUACUAAAAAAAUGGUUUAACAGUGGUCCUGCACAAGCAAGAUUUCGGUGCAUUGAAUAUGUGGUGGAAAGAGCAAAGUUGAACCUUCAACUAAUAAAUCAGCUUGAUAUGAUAAACAGAACUUCAGAACUUGCUCGUGUGUUUGGCAUUGAAUUUUUCUCCGUUCUCUCUCGAGGCUCACAAUACCGUGUUGAAUCUAUGUUACUAAGAUUGGCACAUAGUCAAAACUAUUUGGCAGUCUCCCCUGGGAAUUUGCAGGUUGCUUCUCAGCCUGCAAUGGAAUGUCUGCCCCUUGUGAUGGAACCUGAGUCUGGUUUUUAUGCUGAUCCUGUUGUUGUAUUAGAUUUUCAGUCUCUUUAUCCAUCCAUGAUAAUUGCUUACAACCUUUGCUUUUGUACAUGCUUGGGCAAAGUGGCACCUUCAAAGGUUAAUACACUAGGGGUUAGUUCUUAUUCACCAGAACGACAGGUUCUCGAGGAUCUGAAAGAUCAAAUGCUGUUCACUCCUAAUGGUGUCAUGUACGUACCACCAAAGGUCCGUCAUGGUAUAUUGCCUCGUCUUCUGGAGGAGAUAUUAUCGACUAGGAUCAUGGUUAAACAGGGAAUGAAGAAGCUGGCUCCAUCACAGAAAAUUCUUCAGAGGGUAUUUAAUGCCAGACAGCUUGCUUUGAAGCUGAUAGCAAACGUGACAUAUGGCUACACAGCAGCUGGUUUUAGUGGUCGUAUGCCUUGUGCUGAACUUGCAGAUAGCAUUGUUCAGUGUGGCCGCUGUACACUAGAAAAUGCAAUUUCAUUUGUUAAUUCACAGGAGAAAUGGAAGGCUAAAGUUAUUUAUGGGGAUACUGACAGCAUGUUCGUUCUUCUCAAGGGACGUACGGUGGAACAAGCUUUUCGCAUUGGACAAGAGAUUGCAUCUGCAAUCACUGCAAUGAACCCAAAUCCUGUCACACUUAAGGUGGAGAAAGUUUAUGCUCCUUGCUUCCUUCUCACUAAGAAGCAUUAUGUCGGUUACAGUUUUGAGAGCCCUGAACAAAUUGAACCCACCUUUGAUGCCAAGGGCAUUGAAACUGUACGGAGAGAUACUUGUGCAGCUGUUGCAAAGACAAUGGAGCAGUCGUUGAGGCUUUUUUUUGAACGUCAGGAUAUUUUAGAGAUAAAAACAUACUUGCAGCGUCAAUGGAAGCGGAUUCUCUCUGGAAGGGUUUCAAUUCAAGAUUUUGUCUUUGCAAAGGAGGUACGGCUAGGUACAUACAGCACAAGGUCAUCCUCACUCCCACCAGCGGCAAUUGUGGCCACUAAAGCAAUGAGAAUUGACCCGAGGGCAGAACCACGUUAUGCAGAGCGAGUUCCUUAUAUCGUAAUUUAUGGGGAGCCUGGAGCACGCCUUGUUGAUAUGGUUGUUGAUCCAAUGGACCUUUUGGCUGUUGAUUCCCCCUAUAGGUUGAAUAGUCUAUAUUACAUCAACAAGCAAAUAAUACCUGCUCUGCAAAGAGCGUUCGGUCUUGUUGGAGCCAAUUUAAAUCAGUGGUUUCUGGAGAUGCCUCGUCCGGUCAGGGAAGCAUUUUCUAAGCAACCCUUAUCGGCUGCGAAUCCAAAACGGACCCGGAUUGAUUAUUACUACCUAUCUAAGCACUGUAUACUAUGUGGUGAGUUAGUUCAGACCUCAUCUAAUUUAUGCAGCCAGUGCUUACAGAAUGAAGCUGCAGCCACCACAGCUAUAAUCAGAAGAACUUCGAAGUUAGAGAGUGAAAUGCAACACCUUGCUGCCAUAUGCCAACACUGCGGAGGAGCGGACCGGAUUGUGGAACGUGGUGUGAAAUGCACUUCACUUGCCUGUUCAGUAUUCUAUGAAAGGGUGAAGGUUCAGAAAGAACUGCGCAGUCUCGUUGCUGUUGCUGCACACAGAGAUCUGUACCCAAAAUGGACAGUGGAGUGCCAUUCAGCUCAAACCUAGUCCCUCUCUUCAACAAUGGCACACUCCCCCUUCUCUCUCCUCUUCCUCAAGCGUCUAUCCUUCUCUGCGCCUCUCUCUUCAUCUCUCCUUCCUCAUCUCCUCGCCACCGUAAAAUCCAACCGAUUUUUCACCUCCCAAAUCCCCUCAUCGCCUUCCUCCGAUCCCAAACCCUCUUCCCUUUCGGCCCGCAUGAGCUUCAUCUUCGAUCAAAUCGACGCCAUCGAGAAAGAGCGCUGUCAGAAGGACCAAACUCUGCAGAGAAUUCGAGCCUGGCGUGAAUCUAAGACGCCCCGGAGUGAUCCGCCCGUCGAGAAUCGGGGCCCGGAAUCGGAGCCGGAGUCCACGUUGGGAAUGGACGGAGCGAAUGGGGCGGAGAUGAUGGAGAAGAAGAGGAAGGAAAUUGAGUUGGUGCAUCCAUGGCCGGAGUGGAUUGAAUUGAUGGAGAGGUUAGUUCAUCAGAAUUACUUUGAUCACAGGAGGAAAGACGAGGACAAGAUGGUGGAAGAAUUGGGAUUCAAUGCCUCUGACCUUGCUUUGGAAGAUGAUGUAGGGUUGGAUUUGGCCAAGGAUUUCAAAGCAGUUCACACUGCUUGCUUGAAUUUUGGUAAGGACCGGUUCGACAUUCUGAGGUCCUUGUCAAAAAAAGACAUCCAAAUUUUGGUUGGUUUUGGAUGCCCAAGUCCAGACAAGAAGGUCGUUUUCUCUGCAAAACUCUUGAGGAAGCUCGUUCAUCUUGAUGAAGGAGAUGUUUGCAGUUCCUGCAGUUUAAGAAACUCUUGUGAAAGAGCAUAUUUGGUGACUAAUAAAGAGGAUGAGGCACGCACAAUUGACAUCAUGCGAAUGUUAUUUACUUUCGGUUUUGAUCCCAUGAAUGGAGGGGUUGUCAAUGAUUCCCUUUUGAGACGAAAAAAUGUUAAGACAGUAGUUCGCAAAUUACUUCAUGAGGUUGUCAAGUUGGGUUCGGUCCCAAUAGAUCCUACUCUCAGUCCUCCCGUAAUUAAAAGGCCACCACCAAAAGUGAAGCAGCCACCGCCUCCUCCAAAGAAGCGAGUAGGACGUGAUGAUGUCGAGAUGAAAAAAGGGGAUUGGCUCUGUCCUAAGUGCGACUUCAUGAACUUUGCAAAAAAUACAGUGUGCCUACAGUGUGACGCGAAACGUCCCAAGCGGCAGCUGCUUCCAGGAGAAUGGGAAUGCCCUGAGUGUAACUUUUUAAACUAUAGAAGGAAUAUGGCCUGUUUCCAUUGUGAAUGCAAGCGACCAGCAGACACAUUUCUAGAUAACGAAAGGCAAGAAAAACCGCACGUUCCUCAGUCGAGAGUAGAGAAGAUUGCCAAUAGGCAGGACGUGUCUAAUGCCUGGAAUUUUGAUUUUGAUGAUGAUGAGUCGGAUGGAGCAGAUGUUGCAGCUUUUGAGUAUGCAGAUUCAUCGGCUAAGGGCGAAGGAUCUCAUUCCGAUAACCAGGUGAGAGGAAGCAAACUUAGCUGGGAUCUCCCAGAAAGACAAUAUUCCGAUACUGGUAAUGGAGGUCCAGGCAUGGGAUUCGAUGAUUUCGUCGAUGAGGAGGACGAUAUUGACAGUUAUGAGCUAGAUACCUCAGCGAACAAGUCAACGAGGCACUCUCAUUCGAUCGAUUUUUCUGACAUUGAAGGCCACUCGGGAUCGGAAGAUGAUAAUGGCCCAGACCAUAGACCUGGUGUCCCAGCUUCCAAUAAGCGUCUAAAGACAUCACGUCGACAAGCAACAUUCUCUGGCUCCGAGGAUGAUGAACUUGAUUUUGACUCUGAAGAUGACGAUAUUACAGCCAAGAGAAAUUGGAAAUCUAGUCACUUGGCAGAUCGGAGGCAGAAAAGUAGAGGCAGUGGUUUGUCAAGUCGAUCGAGGGGGAGAUUAAGCUAUGGUUCUGAUGAAGAACUUGGCCUCGACUCUGACCUUGAUGACGAUUUAGAUGAAAGUCCCCAAUCUAGAUCGAGUAGAGGCAAGGCAAUAGGCCCUGGUAGGAAGCAUUUCCAAAGGAGAGGAAGUUCCAGUCUAUCUUCUGGAUCAGAUUUCGAUGAUUUUGAUAGAGGUUCUGGUUCUCAUAGACGUGAAUCGAGAGGGAAUCAAAGAGAAACUAACCGCGACCGCAGACCUCGGGGCGAUAAAUACACAAGGGGGAAUGAGUUUCAAUCCAACAAUUUCAGGAACGGUAGAAAGAACACAUUUUAUGACGACUUUGAUGACAAGUCCCAUCGAUGUCGCGGUACCAAUCAGAGAUUUCGUGACACCAAUCAUGGUGGGCGUGGAACUUACAGCUCAGGAGCUGACAAGCGGGACUUUCGGGGUCCAAAAGAAGGAUACAAGAAACAGCGACCUGGAAGGUAUAAUGCAUAUGAUUCAGCCACGGAUAAGGAUUAUGGCGGUUUCAGAAACAGCAGGCGCGUUAUCGAGAGAUAGAUCCUAGCUGAAGCAUAACUCAUAAUUCAUGUUGGGGUUCGGGUUCGGGUUCGAGUUCGAGUUCCAGCAAUCCUCUAAGAGAGUUAAUAUCACAAGAUUCCAUUUCACGUCACUGCUAACCAAAGAUCUCUUAUUCUGUUGCUGUAAAAUCCAAUCGUGAUUCAUCUUGCAGUGUUUUCUGGGUGUAAGAUCGUAGAUGCCCUCUAGAGGGCAAGCCAUUUGAUUUUUCUUUUUCUUUUUAAAUUAUUUUUGGUCUUAGAAGUGGGUUCUUAAUCCUUCUCACAAAUAUAUUUAUUUGGUCUAUUUGUAUAUGUACCUUUUGUAAGCUUUUUUAAAAAUAGUACCAACAUACAUCUUCAAAUUUUGAAGGCAAUAUUUGGAGGAUGUCAUCUUGAGGGCAAUAUUUGAAUGACCAGUUUUCUAACUGCA